AUGAAUUUUUCUCGUCUAGCUUUUCUUUUGUUGUUUUUCAUUCUUGUUCUAUCACACGUCAAAAGUGCUGAUUGGGACAAUGUUCCAUUUGAGCAAAAUUAUGUUUCUCUUUGGGGGCAACAAAAUAUGCGACUUCUCGAUCAAAAUCGGGAAGCUCAACUCACGUUGGAUCAAAACUCCGGUUCUGGUUUUCAAUCCAUGCAAAGCUUUGGUUCCGGAUGGUUUAGCAUGAGAAUUAAGUUGCCUCCAAAGGAUUCAACGGCAGUCAUCACAACCUUUUAUUUGAUUUCAGACAAGGGACCUACUCGAGAUGAAAUUGACUUUGAAUUUUUAGGUGGCAAUCUUAAUCAACCUCCUAUAUUGCACACAAACAUUUAUAUUAAUGGGCAAGGUGGUAGGGAGCAACAAUUUCAUUUUUGGUUUGAUCCCACGGCAGAUUUUCAUGAUUACACACUUCUUCUGAAUGAAAAACACAUAGUAUUUUUUGUGGAUGGGACCCCUAUAAGAGUGUUCAAGAAUAGCAAAGAUAAAGGAGGAAGUUAUCGAACACAAGCAAUGAAGGUUUAUGCAACAAUAUGGACUCAUCCAUGGGGCUCUGGUGGAGUUCCAAUUAACUGGAAUGAUGCACCCUUUGAAGCUCACUAUAGAUCAUUUGGCAUCAAUGCUUGCCAAGCACAAAGCACUAAUCUUCAACCAUGUGAUUCCUCUAUGUAUUGGUGGAAUGCUCAAAAGUUUUGGGAGUUAAACCCUCUUCAAAAACAAGCCUACAACAACAUCCGAAACAGCAGCUAUUUUAUUUAUGAUUAUUGUACUAAACAGCCACUGAGUCCUGAGUAUCAAGUUGAGUGUCAAGGUUUAUCUAUAGACUAA